UGAUUACCUUGAUUACCAUUGUUGUUGCAUACUUCAAGUUCAGGAUCUUUUCUCUUUUAGAUAAGAAACUUCCUCCAGGGUCAUUGGGGAUUCCUCUCAUUGGGGACGCAUAAAAAUGAUAGAACUGCAGAUUGGAUUCGAAAGCAUGUAAACAAGUAUGGACCGGUGUUCAAGACCUCACUCAUGGGUUCAAACGUCGUGGUUCCAGGCCGGUAAUCGUUUCGUACUCGGUGGGCGAGACAACGGCAUCUCGAGCAACCAAGUCGGAACAGUGGCAGCCAUACUUGGAAAACACAGCACCUUUGAGCCUCCAGGGCCUCGGCAUAAGCUUGUGAGAGGUGCAAUAGUGCGCUUUUUGAAACCUGAAAGCAUCCAAAGAUUUGUUUCCUCCAUGGACUCAUUAGUCCAUCAAAAGCUGCUCCAGGGACUAAACGAUAGGGAUACAUUAAAAUGGUGGGAGUCAUAAAGAGAAUCACUUCCAAUGUCAGCUGCAGUUUACUCUUCAGAGUACAAGAAAACAAGGAGAAACAUGAUUUGUUUCAAGAUUUUCUUGUGGCCAUCACAGGGUUGUGGACUGUUCUAUUAAAAUUUCCAGGGACAUCAUACUGUAAGGCGUUGCAGGCACGGGGCCAAAUCUCUAGGCUUCUCUCCAAACUAAUAAAGGAAAGGAAGAAAGAAAUGGAAGAGGGGAGACAAGGCUCUUUAGAUCAGAAUGAUGUUAUCUCUGGUUUGCUUAUGCUGAGAGAUGAAAAUGGUGACCCUUUGAUGCAGGAGGAAAUCAUAGAUAAUCUGAUCUCUGUGAUGAUUGCUAGCCAUGACACAACAUCAUCACUCGUCUGCCAUGUUAUAAGACACCUUGCAAGGGAUAGGGAGACUUUCAACAGGGUCCUUCAAGAGCAAAAGGAAGUAGCAAAGGCCAUUGAAGGAAAAGAUGUGAAGUUUAUAACUUGGAGUGAAAUACAAAUGAUAUACAUGGACAGUAGGCCAGGAGCUGUUGAGGUUGCAUACCCCGGUUUUCGGUAACUUCAAACGCGCUAAGAGAGACACAGCUUUCGAUGGCUUCGACAUCCCCAAAGGAUGGAAGAUGAUUCAAAGUUGAAAUUCUAUUUAGAUAGAAAUCUAACAUAUCUGAACAUACAUAUAUACAAAAUGCAGGUGUUUUGGUUUGCAGCAGCUACACACGUGGAUGACAACAUUUUCAAAGAUCCAGAGGUGAUUGAUCCGGGAAGGUUUGAGGAUUCAUCGAAAUUGCUUCCUCCUUACAGUAACAUUCCAUUCGGAGCCGGACCCCGGAUCUGCCCUGAAGGCGAAUACGCAAGGAUAAAUGCGCUUUUGCUUAUCCAGCCAUGGGUAUUCCACUUAAGCUUCACCAAAGGAAUGGUCAACAUACUUAGAAUGCACUACUAUAAGCCUAAAGCUUAUUCAUGAACUGCAAUAUCUUUUGAUAUGACACAAUCUUUCAUGCAAACACAUCAAUAGCAGCCAGCCAGCUGCAAAAUGGUUUACUUGUGUACGUAAAUAACAG